CAUGAGUAAUUAUUGGCUGCAGUACUGGAGAAAGCAGAGCGUGUGGUCUGCAGCUGUACUACGAAACCGCUGAAUAACUGCAUUGACUUUUCUGUCUGCUGUGAUGCUACCAGCCAAAUUAUUACGAGCUCCUGCUGUAUCGACAGCUUGGAUUUAUCAGUGCAUGUCAAUCUGUCGGCGGCGAUACUGCAGCAAAUCUCCAGAGAAGCUCAGAAUAUGCGAUGCAUUAGCGAGUCAACAUAUAGGAUCGAGUAUAAGAAUACAGGGUUGGGUACGCUCCGUUAGACCGCAGAAAGAUAAUCUCUUCCUCCACGUAAAUGAUGGGAGUUCACUCCAACCUCUCCAAGUGGUUGCCAGCUCACAGCUAAACAGCAGAGACCUGACGUUUGGCUGCGCUGUCGAUAUCACAGGGUACCUUGAGAAGAGUCCAAAUAAGAAACAGAAUGUCGAGCUGCAGGCCCAUGAAAUCACUGUAAUUGGAGAGUGCAAUCCUGUGGACUUUCCCUUCAAGAUCAAAGAACGACAUUCUCUAGAAUAUAUCAGGCAGUUUCCCCACCUCAGGUGCAGGACAAAUGCCUUCAGUUCCUUGCUUAGGAUACGGAGUGAGGCUACCUCUGCCAUGCAGGCGUUUUUCAGGGAAAAAGGAUUUGUGCAGAUCCACACACCAGUGAUCACAUCCAACGAUUGUGAAGGAGCAGGGGAGUUGUUCCAGGUUGAGCCUGCAGGUCAAGAAAAGAGACACGAGGAAGCAAACCCAUAUUUCUUUUCGGUUCCUGCAUUCCUCACUGUCUCAGGGCAGCUGCACCUAGAAGUGAUGUCAGGGGCUUUCCCAGCUGUCUACACAUUUGGACCAACAUUCAGAGCAGAGAACUCUCAGAGCAGAAGACAUCUGGCUGAAUUUUACAUGGUAGAAGCAGAAAUUGCUUUCACGCAAUCACUGGAGGACAUUAUGAAGGUCAUGGAGGACCUGUUCAAGGCCAGCACAGAGCAUUUGCUCUCCAAGUGCACAGAGGAUGUGGAUUUGUUUCACAAGUAUGUGGCACCUGGACACAGGGAACAGGUGGAUGCCAUGAUGAAGAGAAAAUUUAUCGUAAUUACCUACACUGAAGCUAUAGACAUCCUAAAUCGCAGUUCACAGCAAUUCGCUUUCAACACCGAGUGGGGUUGUGACCUACAAACAGAGCAUGAGAAGUACCUGGUGAAGCAUUGUGGGAACACUCCUGUCUUUGUCACUGACUAUCCAUACGACCUGAAGCCUUUCUACGCACGGGACAACCUGGAUGAGCCUCAGCACACGGCAGCAGCAGUGGACCUCUUAGUGCCAGGGGUUGGUGAACUGUGUGGGGGGUCUUUGAGAGAGGAGAGGCUGGAGUUUCUGAGAUCUCGACUGGCUAAGCUUGGACUGGAAGAAACCUAUGAAUGGUAUUUGCAGCUGAGGCAGUUUGGCUCUGUACCGCAUGGUGGAUUUGGGAUGGGAUUUGAAAGAUACCUGCAGUGUGUUUUAGGGAUUGACAACAUCAAAGAUACAAUCCCGUUUGCAAGGUUUUCACACUCUUGCCUUUUAUAAAUUAAAUAGUAAUAAAUGGUCAUAAAAUAAGCGUAUGUGUAAUUUAUCUUAAUGUUGCAAAUGUG